GUUUUAGUCUAAUAAAUAAAUGAAAUCAGAUUUAGUUUUGUUCGACCAACUGUACAAAACAAAAACCAAAAAAAGAAAUUCAGUUUGCGAUGACAUUAAACAGAAAAAAUCUGCAAAUCCAUGACAAUUCAUCCAAAUCUUCUUCUGCUGAGAUAUUUCAGUUUGGACCGACGCUGUGACACGAAACAAAAACCUGAGAGAACCUGGAUUUAUUCUGCGUGUGCUGCCACAGCUCACUGAAUCUUGUAGCCAACUCUAAAUGUAAAUAUAGCCUAUUAUUAAAUCGAACAUGCUGUUUAGGAGUAUAUUCCUGUUUGUCUGCUGUGGUCAGAGCAGCAUUAAGGUACUUUAAUAAGCUGAAUGCAGAUUCUUAUGUGGUGAGGAGGUCCAGGCUCAGCCGGCUCUUCUAUCAAAGACCACUUACUUACGCUGAGUGAAACACAGAGACAUCGAUGUCAGGGGGGUGUUUACACUCUCCCCACAGCGACAGCCCACGGUAUGUUAGGUGUUCUCCCUGAAUCCACCCCCACACACCCACCCUUGUCUGGAAAUGGACACUGCUGGUGUAUUUAUAGCCCCUGAGCACAAGCGAGCUCUCUUUCUUAAACACGAUUAAGAAGGAGCUGGUCGUGCUGAGCUUUGCUGUCGAACAUUCUCGCACGCUGCGGCUUUGUACCUGGAAGAGCUCGUCAGAUGAAAACGUCAUUCUGAGCACAACCACCAGAAACAGAGACACCCAGAGAGAGCGGAGAGAUGGAAAAGCCAGUGCUGCAGACACAACCGUCCACCCUGCCCUUUUUCGACACGGCUCACGCCUUCAACCUGCUGCGGGGAAUCCAUGAGCUCCGCGCCGAACGCAAGUUUUUCGAUGUGACUCUGUGCGCCGAGGGCCGCGAGUUCCACUGCCACCGCACGGUGUUGGCCGCCGCCAGCACCUACUUCCGGGCUAUGUUCGCAGGAACUUUGAGGGAGAGCGCUAUGGACCGGGUGGUUCUACACGAGGUGUCGGCCGAGCUUUUAGGUCUGCUGGUGGACUUCUGCUACACGGGACGGGUCACCGUCACUCAGGACAAUGUGGACGUCCUGCUGAAGACGGCUGAUCUGUUUCAGUUCCCCUCCGUCAAAGAGGCCUGCUGUGCUUUUCUGGAGCAGCGGCUGGAUGUUUCCAACUGCUUAGAGAUCCAGGACUUUGCCGAAGCCUACGCCUGCAGAGAGCUGGCGACCAGCGCUCGCCGCUUUGUCCUGAAGAACAUAAUGGAGCUAGCCAAAGGGAUGGACUUUGAGCGGUUGCCAUGGAAGCGCCUCCUCGAGUUUGUGUCAGACGAUGAGCUUAGUGUGGACAAGGAGGAGACGGUUUAUCAAAUCGCAGCGCGCUGGGUGAAGGCCGAUCGCAAGAGGAGACUACACUACUGGCCCGAGCUCCUCCAGCAGGUCCGACUCCCCUUCGUGAGGAGGUUCUUCCUGUUGGCCCACGUGGAGAGCGACCCGCUCGUCUACCUUUCACCCACCUGCCUCCGCAUGGUGAACGAAGCUCGCAGUUUCCAGUCGUGUGAGUACGACCGCCACGACAGGCCAUGCCACCGCAUGCGGCCACGGCCGUCCACGGGAUUGGCAGAAAUUCUGGUGGUGGUAGGAGGAUGCGACCAGGACUGCGACGAGCUGGUCACGGUGGACUGUUACAACCCUCAGACCGGACAGUGGCGCUACCUGGCUGAGUUCCCCGACCACCUCGGAGGAGGCUACAGCAUAGCUGCCCUCGGAAACGAUAUGUAUGUCUCAGGUGGCUCCGACGGCUCUCGCCUCUACGACGGUGUGUGGCGCUACAAGUCCAGCGUCAACGAGUGGACGGAGGUGUCGCCCAUGCUGAAGGCCCGCGAGUACCACAGCUCCUGCGUGCUAAAGGGUCAGCUCUACGUGGUGGCGUCGGACAGCACCGAGCGCUACGAUCACGCCGUGGACUGCUGGGAGGCCUUACCGGCAAUGCUGCACCCCAUGGACAACUGCUCCACCACCACGUGCAGCGGACGCCUCUACGCCAUCGGCUCUCUGACCGGGGAGGACACCAUGACUAUACAGUGCUACGACGCAGACACCAACCGCUGGUCAAUGGUCAGCUGUGGACAGCUGCCACCGUGGUCGUUCACACCGAAAACUGUGACCCUCAAAAGCCUCAUCUACUUCAUCAGGGAUGAUUCAGCCGAGGUCGACGUUUAUAACCCUCAAAAGAACGAGUGGGACAAAAUUAAUCCGAUGACCCAGGUCCAUGUCGGAGGCAGUGUGGCGGUUCUCGGCGGUAAAUUAUUCGUGUCAGGCGGCUACGACAACACGUUUGAGCUGUCAGACGUGGUGGAGGCCUACGACCCGACCACCCGCACGUGGAGCCUGGCUGGACGAUUACCUCAGCCGACCUUCUGGCACGGCAGCGUCAGCAUCUUCCGUCAGUUCAUGCCCCAGGUGUCCAGCGCGUUCGAACCCACCGACAUCCCGGAGUCAAACGCCAUCCACUUGCACCGGCACCAGCGUCACCAAGCGCUCCAUAAUCUCAACAACAAUAUCAACCAGAACCAGAAUCAGGAUGUGAACCCGGCGCACUGAGUGCGGACCCGAUAAACCGCUGUUACACUUUCAGUCUCGUUGUGCCAUGAGUAGUUUACCUCAUCACAAUGCUAACCCUGUUAAAGGCAGGAGGGAGGAUUCCUUCUAAUACACACGACUGCCGAGCUCUUGUACUGAUCAUGUCUGUUGACCAGAUGAAUUAUGAAGUGACGUGGUGUUUCUUCGCUCCAUCUCGUCUCACUGUAAAGGGAAAAAGUCCCGGAUGGAUCCUGUAGAAAACUUUAGAGAAGUGGCUAACUCCCAAAUUUCACCGGAGACGGACUUAACACGCUCCGUGUGCGCUGUGGUCAGGGCUGCGGAGCCUUUCUAGUCAAAGAUUCAAACCCCACCGGCACCGGACAGAGGUCAGACAGAAACAGCACAGUUGGUUUUCAAAAUAAAACACCUUUGCCAAUCAUUAAAACAGCCAAAAGAGAAACAAAUUAAGUACAUAGCAUAUUUCCGUAUUUAAUUAGAAGCACUUCAGCCAAGAGAAAUGACCAAAUCUGAGCAAGUUAACAAAGUCUAGCUCGCAAAACGCUUCUGAAACUUUCCUGAUGGGAUAAUGGACCAAAACAGCGCCCUGACAGAGACGUUAAUCGAAGCUGGGGAAGUUAAUAAAAUCAAAACCAAACCAUUAACCAAGAGGUCAAAUUAUGUUUAAUCAGAAGUGGUUCUCAUAAUGUUGUCUGACCACGUUGUAAAUCAGAGGUCCUUAGAAAAGGACGUGAGAUGAUUUUAACAUGAAGGUAACAGUGCAUGUUUUCAGGCGUUCAUGGAGUCAGACGAGGCUGUUCACGUAAAAAGUGACAGAGACGAAGAGAAAAGCUGAAUUUCUCUGCACAGCUCUCGAAUCACGACGUGAAGUGGUUGCAAAGUGUUGGAAAGUUACAGAAAUUAUGAGACUACAACUACAGCACAAAAGUGAGAUUUAUGCUUUGUGUCUGUUUCUGGAUAUAUUUGUGUUCAAAUAUAAAAUAGAGACGCUUCCUGAAGCUUUUCUACAAGAACCAUCCGAGGUGGAGUGAAAGAAAGCGCCGCCCAACAUCUCCGUGUUUUUACUACAAACAAGAAAUUUCACUAAUAUUACCCUGUGGUACUACUGCAUUAUGUGAAAAAAAUAAUAAUUGAGUGCUGGUCGAGUGGCAUUGUGGGUAAUGUAGGCGAUGAGGAAGGACAAAGGAGGGGGGAAAAAAGACAAUCUCUGGUUCUGCUGCUUUGAUUUUUCUUUUUUUAUUAUUAUUAUUAUUUCUCCACUGUGAGUCAAUGUUGUAGACGUGUGACGUUAUAUUGGUGAAUCCUCUCACGAUUUCGCAACCCAGAGAAAGACGCACAGAUCUGGUCACAAACAGCAAUAACCUGUUUACAUUCCGAGAAAGACGGCAGUCACGAUCGAUGUCUCGCACUAAACACACACAUACGGCUUUGUUCAUAUGUUACGUACUCAAAAGGCGUGCCGAGUAAUCUUCUGUCAUCAUAGUCCAAUUUCAAAAAUGGUUGCAUGUGAUGUUUCCCGGUUGAUACAUCAGCCUUUAUAACCAGCAGUCAACUGUGCAUGAAGAAAUGUCUUUAAAACUUGUAUUCACGGAUGUUUUCUAUCGUUUAUUUAUGGAUGUGUUUGUGCCGUGCUCGCUUAAGACGUCUCUACCUGUCAGCUGCAAAAAAACGAUGUCGGUAAAGGACGGCGACGGGCCGUCGGUCACAACUGGAAGUGCAAAAUAAUCUCAAUAUUUUUUGAAUGUUUUUAUUGUAAGUGCAUCUUUUGUUUUUUCUUAGUUUUCAUAUGAGUUUGUGACGUUGAAUCAGUUUUUGUAAAUACAGUCUAUCCUUAACCUGUACUGUGUUUGUAUAGUGUUUACAGUGUGUGUGUGUGUUUGUGUUACCAUAAAUGAAACUGCAGGCAGGUCUGAGAGUUUAUUUGAUGACAGCAGGUGAAACAGCAGAGUGUG